AUAUAGUACAAGUUAGUAAGUAAAGGAAAGAAGGCACGUGCAGUACGUAGGCUGUUCUUGUGGGUGUUGUUGGAUUGGAAUCGGAGAGAAAUGGAGAGCAGCGCCGUCUACGGAAGCAUUCGACCAAGUUACCCGAUCUGCCCCUCUCGACGUUCUUCCUCUCUUCUCUCUCACCAAUCUCCCUUCCUAUUCGAGCCUUCUCUUUCUCUCAAGCUUCGCAAGCAGUUUCCUCUCAUUUCGCAGAAUUUUCUGGAAGCCGCUUCUCCUCUCAGGCCUUCUGCCACUUUGUCUUCUGAUUCCUACCGUGAGACGAUUGAAUUAGCUGAUAUAGAAUGGGACAACCUUGGUUUUGGGCUUCAACCCACGGAUUAUAUGUAUUCCAUGAAAUGCACACGAGGUGGAACCUUCUCCAAAGGUGAACUGCAGCGUUUUGGUAACAUUGAAUUGAACCCCUCAGCAGGAGUUUUAAACUAUGGCCAGGGAUUAUUUGAGGGUUUGAAAGCGUAUCGGAAACAAGAUGGGAGUAUACUCCUCUUCCGUCCGGAAGAAAAUGGUUUGCGGAUGCAGAUAGGUGCAGAGAGGAUGUGCAUGCCAUCGCCUACUGUUGAGCAGUUUGUGGAAGCUGUAAAGGAGACAGUUUUAGCAAACAAACGUUGGGUUCCCCCUGCAGGUAAAGGUUCCCUGUAUAUUAGACCUUUGCUAAUGGGAAGUGGACCGGUACUUGGUCUUGCACCUGCUCCAGAGUACACCUUUCUAAUAUACGUUUCACCUGUUGGGAACUACUUCAAGGAAGGUUUGGCCCCAAUCAAUUUGAUUGUGGAAAAUGAAUUACAUCGUGCAACUCCUGGUGGCACUGGAGGUGUGAAGACCAUUGGAAACUAUGCUGCAGUUCUGAAGGCACAGUCUGAAGCAAAAGCUAAAGGCUACUCUGAUGUUUUAUACCUUGACUGUGUGCACAAAAGAUAUUUGGAGGAGGUUUCUUCAUGCAACAUUUUUGUUGUUAAGGGUAACGUUAUUUCAACUCCAGCUAUUAAAGGGACAAUCCUACCUGGCAUUACUCGCAAAAGUAUAAUUGAUGUUGCUCGAAGCCAAGGGUUCCAGGUUGAGGAGCGAUUAGUGUCAGUGGAUGAAUUGCUAGAUGCUGACGAGGUCUUCUGCACGGGAACAGCUGUGGUUGUAUCACCUGUUGGCAGUAUUACUUAUCUUGACAAGAGGGUAGCAUAUGGGGAUGGUAUUGGCGUGGUUGCACAGCAACUUUAUACUGUCCUUACCAGAUUACAGAUGGGUCUUACGGAGGAUGAGAUGAAUUGGACUGUUGAGCUGAGAUAAGCGCACCAUGAAUAGUUUGCAGUUCAUGUUUUGCUGGAACACAUGUUCUUUUAAAAUUUCCGAGCUCUAGAAGUUGCUUUUAAAAUUUUGCUAUCAUAUGAUUAGAUGCUGUAGAUAGUAUUAUGGUGUGUUUAUUGCUAUUGAAUGACUAUAGCAAGUACAUACGGUUGCCUCUUGCUAUCUGGAGAAAUCGUUGCCAGUGGAUUAGUAAACCUUUUCAUUGGUUGAAAAAUAGAAUUCUGGUAGAUGCGGUAAUUGUGUACCCUGUUUUUUUAACAAUAUUUUUGGUGGACGUA